GAGGAAGAGAGAGUUUGAGAAAGAGAGAGAGAGUGAGGUGGUAGGGAGAGUCCACAGUCACCUCCUUUAUCUCAGCCUAACAUCGCUCUGCUAUUGCCAUUUCGCUUCUCAAUCCCCAAUUCUUCUAUAUUCACAUUCACUCCUCUUUUCAUUUCUCUCUCUUCAUUUUUUUUUUCUUUUUCUUCUUCUUCCUUUACAAAUUUUCAGCUCUUUAUCUUUCUCUCUCCGUGUAUCUAUGCGUGUGUUUGGAUCUCCAUUUCAGCUCUCAGAUGUGUUGCUCUCUCUAUGCUCGAAUCGUCUCCCUCCUCUUUCACAAAUUGCGGUUAGGAUCGAUUUCGCCAAUUUCCAAUCUCUGCUUGCGUUUUCUUGAGCUAGGGUUUCCAUUUUCCCGAUCCAUGAAUUAGAAACCUGUGAUUGAAUUGGGUUCAAUUCGCAUUUUCAUGCUCGAUCGAGCUCUGAGAAUUGUGAUUCAGGAAUAAUUAGGCUUUUCAUUUCGUGGAUUUCACUUUCCGAGCUGAUUUUGUUCCCUUUUUUGCAAUUAAGAACGGGCGAUGUUCAAUUUCGUAGUUCUCAUCUGAAUUUUUGGAUUUUUGUCGCUUUCAGGUGUUCUAAUAUCACAAUUUUCUCAGGUCUUAGCUCAUUUCGUCACUACGCUUGAGCUAUCUCAUUUUGAUUUCAUUUUCAAUCCCCUUUUCCCAUUCUAGAAAAUUUUCAAUUGCGCGCAAAAGGACUUGUCUUUGGGUUUUGGUCGAUUUCGCAGCUUCAAUCUUGGGAUUUUUGUAUCUGCUCCAUCUUCCCCUGAUUCAGGUUGUCAAUCUACGCUUUGCAUGGUCUUGGCUCUUCUUAGCGGUUUUGAUCACAUAUUAAGAGAUGAGUCGGACAACAAAUGAGAGUGAAGAUGGAGUGCUGUCCAAGGAUCAGAUUGAGUCUCCGAUGAUGGACGAGAGUAACGGAGGAACUGGAAAUGGUGGAAUUGUUCUAAAGAAAGGCCCAUGGACCUCGGCUGAAGAUGCAAUAUUGGUGGAGUAUGUUAAAAAGCAUGGGGAGGGAAACUGGAAUGCUGUUCAGAAGCACUCAGGCCUAUUCCGUUGUGGUAAAAGCUGCCGGCUGCGAUGGGCAAAUCACCUGAGGCCAAACCUGAAGAAAGGGGCAUUUACUCCUGAAGAAGAACAUUUGAUUGUUGAACUCCAUGCCAAGAUGGGGAACAAAUGGGCACGCAUGGCAGCACAUUUACCUGGCCGUACAGAUAAUGAGAUAAAGAACUACUGGAAUACCAGAAUUAAGCGGCGUCAGAGGGCUGGCUUACCACUUUAUCCUCCCGAGGUGUGUUUGCAAGCAUUGCAGGAGAGUCAACAAGGCCAGUCCAGUGGUGGAAUUAAUGGUGCGGAUAGAGCACAUCAUGAUUCUCUGCAAACUAACAGUUAUGAGAUACCUGAUGUUGUAUUUGAGAGUUUAAAAGGAAACAAUUGUGUCUUACCUUAUGUUCCUGAAAUUCCUGAUCUCUCUGCUAGUGGCGUGCUGAUGAAAGGCCUUAGUUCUUCUCCAUAUUGUGGUUUCAUGCCACCAACAAUGCAUCGUCAAAAGCGUCUUCGAGAAUCAACAUCUUUAUUCUCUACUUCUGAUGGUAGUUUCAAAAAUGGUUUCCCCCAGUUUGACCAUUUUCAAGAUGAUACUUGUGAUAAAGUGGGUCAGUCGUUUGGAUUGUCAUUUCCUCAUGAUCCUGAUCCUACCACUAAGAGUCCACUGUCGUUUGGUGUAAUUCAGGGUAGCCAUUCCCUUUCAAAUGGCAAUUCUUCUGCUUCUAAGCCCACCUCAGGGGCUGUGAAGCUGGAGCUCCCUUCACUCCAAUAUCCAGAAACUGAUUUAGGCAGCUGGAGCACUUCUCCUCCGCCGCCCUUACUGGAAUCAAUUGAUGCUUUUAUCCAAUCUCCCCCACCCGUUGGUGCAUUUGAGUCAGAUUGCGCUUCACCACGUAAUAGUGGCCUGCUAGAUGCUUUACUCCAUGAGGCAAAGACUCUCAGUAGUGCAAAGAAUCUUUAUUCUGACAAGAGUUCAAAUUCAUCUAGUGUUACUCCUGGUGAUAUUGCUGACAGUUCCACGUUGAACAUUUGCGAGACAGAAUGGGAAGACUAUCGUGACCCAAUUUCUCCAUUGGGUCAUUCUGCUACUUCGCUGUUCAGUGAGUGUACUCCUAUUAGUGCGAGUGGAAGUUCAUUGGAUGAACCACCGCCUGCUGAGACCUUUACCGGGUGCAAUGUGAAACCAGAACCGGUUGACCAAGCUUGGACCCCGGAUAAAGAAAAAGAAACUACACCUCAGUUGGAUUACACUCGUCCCGAUGCUUUACUUGCUUCAGAUUGGCUUGAGCACAGUACUGGGUUUAAAGACCAAGGCAUGACAGAUAGUAUUGCAUCAAUUCUUGGUGAUGAUUUGGCGACUGACUACAGGCACAUGGCUUCAGGAACUUCUAUAUCAAAUCAAGUAUGGGGUCUUGGUUCUUGUCUGUGGAACAACAUGCCUGCUGUGUGUCAAAUGUCUUCUGAUCUUCCUUAAGAAACCGGUCUGUCAAUUGUAUGAACCUGAAACUUUUGUCACCUAAUUAGUGCUGAUCAUUUGUUAACUAUGUGGGGAAGUGAGUCCUGGUCUAAGGAAGGUCAGUUGCAAGCAAUUGGGACUUGUGGUCUGUUUUUGCAUGAGUCAUGGUUGUUUUUUGUUUGUGGUUUUCACUUGGUUUCUUUUCAAACAAUGCAAUGCAUGUAUGCCUAAACAGAACCAUAUUGAGGUAUACAAUUGCAUGCAGGCGUUUGCUAUGAUUGUAGAAUAACUAUGCAUUUGGAACGUUCUGAUACAAUGGAAUCCGGUUAGUUUGUUUUU